AUGUGGGGAGUCAAGUUAUCAUCGGACGAACCCUUCGUGUACUCCAUAUUUGGACUACAAUACCGCGACGGAGAAUCAACAACUGAGAAAGAAACUCUCAGAGCCAACUUCGACUCUCUUAUCACCGACAAAGCCACUCACGUCGACCGCGUGAUUCAAGAAGAUUCCGUCACAAUGAGCCAUGGCAAGACCUUCGUCUGGCUGGGGUAUUGGAGAUCCCGAACAGAGUACCUCGACUGGUGGACGAGUCCCCAAGUCUCUGCUUUCUGGUCAUCCCUUCCUCCAGACGCUGGAAUGUGGCGAGAAGUGAUGAUGCCAGAUGCAUCCCGGACACAAUACGGCACGAACAAGCCAGAUGAUAUAGGGCUUGGUACGCUUGGAUCUCGAGUGUCUAUUGCCGACAGAGCAGGCUAUUGGGGCUGUUAUCGGCAUCGAAUGGAUGCAUCGUCUGGUGACAAAUUCACCACGCCACUUGAGAAGGAUUUAGACUCUUAUCCUGCCAUAAGCUCCACAGGCCAAGCGUCCAUCCGCUUCGAACGUGUCCUUAUGAAUCAAUUCCCUGAUAACCUUUGCUUCGUCAUCGAAGGCCAAGACCACUCGGAAAUCUCACCAGAGGAGAAGAAAUACUGGUUCGAAAACUUCCAGCAAUCUGUCGAAAACUGGAUCAAAGAUCUUAUGUCUGCGGAGUCACAAUCUGGAAUCUUAGAUGGCCGUCUAUGCUUUGACGCAGAAAGUGAUAUCUUUGGAAACUCUCAGACUAGGGCACUGAAGUAUAACAAAAAAAUUCAGCUGUUCUAUUUCAAAGAUCUACGCCACAUGGAGCGUAUUGGGCGCAGUAACAAAGGGCAUGUGCAGCUUCGGGACCGCUUCAUGGCUGCAUAUGGACCAGACGGGGAAAUGAGUGCCGGGAAGGUUGGAUUAUGGGUCGAGACCACGGUGCUCAAAGCAGGGGAGAUGCAAUGUGAAUAUGUGGGAUGUUUGGAAGGUACAGGAUGGAUGGCUUGGAGGGGUCAUCCUCAAUUCGCGGCAUAG